GCGGCGAUAGAUUAGUUAGGCCUCAGAAAGAUGGCGUCCUCGGAGCAGGCAGAGCAACCGAGCCAGCCAAGCUCUACUCCAGGAAGUGAAAAUGUGGUGCCUCGAGAGCCUCUGAUUGCCACAGCAAUGAAGUUUCUGCAGAAUUCCCGGGUCCGCCAGAGCCCACUUGCGACCAGGAGAGCAUUCCUUAAGAAGAAAGGGCUGACAGAUGAAGAGAUUGAUUUGGCUUUCCAGCAGUCGGGCACGGCUGCCGAUGAGCCUUCGUCCUUGGGCCCAGCCACACAGGUGGUUCCUGUCCAGCCCCCUCACCUCAUUUCUCAGCCGUACAGCUCCGUGGGGUCCCGAUGGAGAGACUACGGUGCCUUGGCUGUCAUCACGGCAGGCAUUGCGUUCGGCUUUCACCAGCUCUACAAGAGAUACCUGCUCCCCCUCGUCAUGGGUGGCCGAGAGGACAGGAAGCACCUGCAGAGUAUGGAGGCGAGUCUCUCGGAGCUGAGUGGCAGCGUGGCACAGACAGUGACUCAGUUACAGAUGACUUUAGCCUCCGUCCAGGAGCUGCUGAUUCAGCAGCAGCAGAAGGUCCAGGAGCUCGCCCACGAACUGGCUGCAGCCAAGGCCACCUCAUCUACCAAUUGGAUCCUGGAGUCUCAGAAUAUCAAUGAGCUCAAGUCGGAAAUUAACUCCUUGAAGGGGCUGCUUUUAAACCGGAGGCAGUUCCCACCGUCCCCUUCAGCCCCGAAGAUCCCGUCUUGGCAGAUCCCGGUCAAGUCCCCGUCGCCGUCCAGCCCCGCGGCUGCCAACCACCACAGCAGCAGUGACAUCUCGCCCGUCAGCAACGAGUCCGCGUCCUCCUCGCCCGUGAAGGAGGGCCACAGCCCCGAGGGCUCCACGGCCACCUACCACCUGCUGGGCCCCCAGGAGGAGGCCCAGGGGAUGGUGGACGUCAAGGGCCAGGUGCGGAUGGAGGUGCAGGGCGAGGAGGAGAAGAGGGAGGACGAGGAGGCGAGCCGUGCGGCCGAGGAGGGCCGCCUCGGGGUGCAGAGGGAGGACCGCCGGGGCGGGGACGGGCAGAUCACCGAGCAGGUGGAGAAGCUGCGCCGGCCGGAGGGCGCCAGCAACGAGAGCGAGCGGGACUAGGCGCCC